GGUCUCCUCGCUGGCAUGCGCAGUGCCGCGCGCGCCGCCCGGCUCGUGGUCAUGGCCGCCGCCGGCCCCGGCCCCGGCCCCGGGCACAAGCGGCCGCACCCCGAGCCCGCCGCCCGCAUCGGCACCCACGACGGCACCUUCCACUGCGACGAGGCGCUGGCGUGUUUCCUGCUGCGCCUCCUGCCCCGCUACCGGGACGCGGAGAUCGUGCGCACGCGGGACCCGCAGCUCCUGGCCGCCUGUGACGUUGUGGUGGACGUGGGGGGCGAGUACGACCCGGGGCGGCACCGCUACGACCACCACCAGAGGUCCUUCACGGAGUCCAUGCGGAGCCUGCGGCCGGACAAGCCCUGGGGCACGAAGCUGAGCAGCGCCGGGCUCGUCUACUGCCACUUCGGGGAGCAGAUCCUGGCGGGGCUGCUGGGGCAGCCCGAGGGCGGGCCCGUGGUCACUGCGCUCUAUGACAAGCUGUACGAGAACUUCGUGGAGGAGGUCGAUGCCAUGGACAACGGGAUUGCGCCGGCGGCGGGGGAGCCGCGCUACGCCCUGAGCACCACCCUGAGCGCCCGCGUGGGGCACCUGAACCCCCGCUGGAACGACCCCGAGCAGGACACCGAGGCGGGGUUCAGGAGGGCCAUGGAGCUGGUGGGCAGCGAGUUCCUGCAGCGCCUGGAUUUCUACCAGCACGCCUGGCUGCCCGCGCGGGCGCUGGUGGAGGAGGCCGUGCGGCGCCGCCUCGAGGUGGACGCCAGCGGGCAGGUCCUGGAGCUGUCGCAGGGCGGCUGUCCCUGGAAGGAGCACCUGUUCCAGCUGGAGCAGGAGCUGGCCCUGCCGCGGCCGCUGCUGCUCGUGCUGUUCCCAGACCGGGGCGGGCAGUGGCGGGUGCAGAGCGUCCCCACAGCCCCCCACAGCUUCCAGAGCCGGCUCCCCCUGCCCGAGGCCUGGCGGGGGCUGCGGGACGAGGCGCUGUCCGAGCUGGCCGGGAUCCCCGGCUGCGUCUUCGUCCACGCCAGCGGCUUCAUCGGCGGCAACCGGACCCGGGAGGGGGCCCUGGAGAUGGCCCGGAGGACGCUGGAGCUCGGGGGGGGCACAGAGAGCUCGUGAGCCCCCUCCCCAGCGGGGUCACCCCAGAAGGGAGCCCCUGGCCCGGUGUGGGAUGCCAGAGAUGUGCAGGGACUGUUCCUGCUUGGAUCCUGGAUUCUCCGAGGGAUCUGCUGUGCUGGGGGGGCUGCAGCCCCUCGCGGGGGUCUCAGAGCACCCACCCCCCGUGCUGGACGGGUGCCAGUCCAGGCAGUGACUUUUUGGCUCCAUUUCCUGGGAGUUUGAGCCCGUUCCUGUCAUGUCCCUGCACCAGUAAAAACCAGUUUGUGCCCAGUGGA